CGUCUGCGUCAUCACCUCGCGCCCGGAGCUCGGCUCUCCACGUGGACUGUGUGGCGUGAUGGCGGGAGCAGAGGCCCCCCAGCCGCAGAAGCGCUACUACCGGCAGCGCGCCCACUCCAACCCCAUGGCAGACCACACGCUGCGCUACCCUGUGAAGCCAGAGGAGAUGGACUGGUCUGAGCUUUACCCAGAGUUCUUUGCUCCACUUACACAAAACAAGAGCCAUGAUGAUCCAAAGGAUGAGAAAGAAAAGCACUCUGGGGCCCAAGUGGAGUUUGCAGACAUAGGCUGUGGCUAUGGUGGCUUGUUAGUGGCACUGUCACCGCUCUUCCCAGACACCCUGAUUCUGGGUCUGGAGAUCCGGGUGAAGGUGUCAGACUAUGUGCAGGACAGGAUCCGGGCCCUCCGUGCGGCUCCCGGGGGCGGGUUCCAGAACAUCGCCUGUCUGCGCAGUAACGCCAUGAAGCACCUUCCCAACUUCUUCCGCAAGGGCCAGCUGGCAAAGAUGUUCUUCCUCUUUCCGGACCCGCACUUCAAGCGAACAAAGCAUAAAUGGAGAAUCAUCAGCCCCACACUCCUGGCAGAAUAUGCCUACGUGCUGAGAGUCGGGGGCCUGGUGUACACUGUCACUGACGUGCUGGAACUGCAUGAAUGGAUGUGCACCCAUUUUGAAGAGCACCCACUAUUUGAGCGCGUGCCUCUGGAGGAGCUGAGUGAAGACCCCAUCGUGGAGCACCUCGGCACGUCAACUGAGGAAGGAAAGAAAGUUCUACGCAACGGGGGAAAGAACUUCCCAGCUGUCUUCCGAAGAAUACAGGAUCCCCUCCUCCAGGCAGUGACCCCCGAACCCACCCUGCCUUAGCCAGACCCCCUCUUCUAGUGACUGGAGAAAAGAUGAGCUCCCCAUGCCAGGCCUCGCAGGCUGGGACUGUGAGGCUGUGACCUCUCCAAGACGUCAGGGCGCAGUCUGUCGGUAUUCUGACCCGCCACGUCGCCCUCACCGCCUUUUUGUUCCUCCACUGUCAGAAGAAAGCAAAUGAAGCUGACUGAGAAGGUCAAAGGACCUUGGACCAGAGCGGGUGUUUGGAGGGCUGGGCUGUGGGUCGCCUGUUCUCUUUGAGCACCCCUUCCCUGCCUGGGCCUUCUCUAGCUAGGGCAUGUGAUGCCCCACUGUCUAGGCCGUGUGUUUGGCCCAGGUUACCCUCAGUUGUGUUUACUUUGCAGUCCUAGGGGUGAUGGGUAUGUGCCCGUGUGUGUGUAUGUGUGUGUGUCCACAUGCCCAUGUGUGUGUGUCCACAUGCCCAUGUGUGUGCCCAAGUGCCCAUGCGUGUGUGUGUGUGUGUGUGUGUGUGUGUGUGUGUGUGUGUGCGCGCCCAUGCCUGUUUGUAUGCCUAAGUGCCCGUGUGUGCCCAUGUGUGUGUGCCCAUGCCCGUGUGUAUGUCCACAUGCCCAUGUGUGUGUGCUCAUGUGCCCAUGCCACUAUUUCCAAAGAAGGACCGGGGUACGAAUCAAAUGCCUCCUCCCGAUUCUUCCUGCUUACAGUCUGACCCGGGCAGUCUCUGCUGUCUUUAUUGUUGCGAUCUCCGUGGCGUCUGUGAAAAAGAGCAACAGGAUGGAGAACCUUCCUUUUCUUUACCAUGUUGAACUCGAUUCUAGAAUUUCAGCCCUGACAGACUGGCACAGUGGUGCCUGAUGGGGAGAGGGAGGGAAGGCAGAGGAACGGGGAGAUACGCUGGAAAAGACCUUUAAAGAAUCAUUUGUAUUUCA